GGGGGUGGGGGGGGAGGCGAGGGGAGUGUAGCUCAGCCCCGCCCCAGCCCCCUGCAACUCGACCUUAGCUUCAACCUAGCUUCAACCCCCAGCUCUGACGUCUCGGAAAAUUCCCCCUGCCCAGGCCCCCAGGGGAGGGGAUGCAUGGUAUGAAAUGAGGCUGAGACCCCCAGGUGGGGCAGAGGAACCCACCAGAGCAUUCACAAGCACCCAUGGACCUGUGGACGUGGGAUGAAGCACCGCCACAGGGAGUGCCCCUGGGAAACAGACUGUCAAGGCUGGAAGGAGCUGAGCUUGGCUUCUGCCUCCCUGAAGUGGACACACUGACAGAGGAGGCCUGCUGGAAAGGCCUCCCACCGCAGGACUGGAGCUCCGCGACGCCGCACCCAGAAACUCCCUGGGGCGCGGAGCACGCCUCGCAGGCUCUCCCGUGGCCGGGGGACUGGAUACAACGGGGAUGCACCGGUUGGGACGCGUGGAGCCGAGUCUCGCCGGCGCCGGGCCCCGCCCCCUUCGCUGCGUCCCCGGGGGUCGCGGGCCAGAACGCUGCCAGCUCCGCGGGGGGGACCCACGCGUGGUCGCGCGCCCUCGCCCCCGCUAGCUCCCCCGGCCGGGACGAUCCUCUCGGCUCCGACGGCGCCGCGUACUGGAGCCGGGGCCUCUGCGCGGAGGAGCGGCGCGCCGACUGCAUUCCCUGGGGUGCGCCUGGGGGCUCGGACUGCCCCGCCUCCUGGGACUCGGGGCUGCACGCGGCGUGCACCGCCUCUCCAAAGGGGUACCAGAGUUCCGAUCUCACCACUUCCUCCGAACCGAAGCAGCAGCUGGACCGCGCGAUUUGGGCUCGUUACCCCAAAACGAACCACCGAGGUCCCAUUCAGCUGUGGCAGUUCCUCCUGGAGCUGCUCCAAGACGAGGCGCGGAGCAGCUGCAUCCGCUGGACAGGCAACAGCCUCGAGUUCCAACUGUGCGACCCCAAAGAGGUGGCGCGACUGUGGGGCGAGCGCAAGAGAAAACCUGGCAUGAAUUACGAGAAGCUGAGCCGAGGCCUGCGGUACUACUACCGCCGCGAUAUCGUGCGGAAGAGCGGUGGGCGCAAGUACACGUACCGCUUCGGGGGCCGCGUGCCCGGCCUCGCUGAUCCAGACAACGCAGGGGUCAGGGUCCGACAGGGAGCAGCCACGGAAUAAACAUAU